AUGGCCCCCCGCCUUCUCCUCCUCGCCGCCUUGGCCUUGGUAUUCGUCGUGGCAGCUGGGCAGGGCGCCAAGACGGUGCUGCCGUUUGCGCCUUCCUGCUCGACAAGCGGCAACUACACCGACGGCAGCCAGUACAAGAAGAACCUGGACCAGCUCCUGGCUGCGCUCCCCACGGCGGCCGGCGACAACGGGUGGUUCUACAACGGCACCGCCGGGACGGGGGCCGACCAGGUGUUCGGCCUCAUCAUGUGCUACGCCGACCGCAACGCGACGCAGUGCCUGGAGUGCCUCGCCGGCGCACCCGCCGGGAUCACCGGGCUGUGCCCGGGCAGCCGGAACGUGAGCGCGGCGUACGACGCGUGCGUGCUCCGCUACUCGGACACCGACUUCUUCUCCGUGGCCAGCCGCGGCGAGGUGUUCGUCAUCUGGGGCAGCACCGUCGACCAGGUAAGGCUCGAGGACGCGCGCUCCAGCCUGAUGAACCGGCUCGCCAGGACGGCCCCCGGCUCGCUGCUGUUCGUCGCGAACGAGAGCGCGCCGCUCAUCGGCUCGUCGGACUCGGUGUACGGGCUCGCGCAGUGCACGCGGGACCUGACGGCCAUCGAAUGCAGCUGGUGCCUCAACACGUAUAUCGCUCUGCUGCCGGGGAGGUUCCCGAACAACACCGGCGGCGCGCUCAAGGGGUACAGCUGCUACGUCAGAGGAGCCAUCCUCGACGCCGCCGACACGCGGCUGAAGGGUGAGUUCGACGCCCGGCAGAUGGAGACGGUGAUGGUGGUCGGGCUCUGGUGCACGCACCCUGACCGGAGCCUGAGGCCGUCCAUGAGGCAGGCCGUCAACGUGCUGCGGCUGGAGGCACCGCUGCCAAGCCUGCCGGCGAGGAUGCCGGUGGCAACCUACAUGCCGCCGCCUGAUGCUUUAUAUCACACAUCUUCCGUUACGACAGGCGGCAACAGCACGGGCACUGGCACCCUGCUCAAAUGA